AUGGAGAGACACGCAGUUGUCGAGGCGCAGGAAGGCCAAGAGUACAACCUAGAGAUCCUCAUGACAAACGAGAAGCCAGGGACUCGAUUCGAGCGGCCCAGCGCGGGGGGCGUCCGGCUUGGUGGCCAGGUUGUUCGCGAUGACGAGGAUACGUCCAUUGCAGAUGCAGUUGAAUUGGCAAAAAGUGUCGACAUCCCGAUCCUCCUUACCGGGUUGAGCUCGGAUUACGAGUACGAAGCCUCUGACCGGGCGAGCCUAGUCCUUCCACGGCGCGAAAAUGAGCUGAUCCAGCGUGUAUGCGAGGCAAACCCGGAUACAGUCGUUAUCAUUCAAGCGGGGAUGCCGAUCGAGAUGCCCUGGCUUGAGAGCGUGAAUACUCUAGUCUACGCCUGGUACGGUGGGCAGGAAGCCGGUCGUGCAAUUGCAGAUGUCCUCUGGGGUGCAACUAGCCCCUCAGGGCGCCUCUCAUUGACGUUCCCCAAGCGGCUGCAGGAUACGCCUGCCUUUCUAAACUUUGGAAAGACGGAUCGUGGGAUCGUCUAUGGAGAAGGUGUGUUUGUCGGAUAUCGAUAUUAUGAAAAGCUCGACUGCCCUCCACUUUUCUACUUUGGAUAUGGCCUUUCCUACACGCGGUUCAAGUAUUCGAAUCUGUCUGUCCCUGCAGUCUUCCCGAGUUCGGCGCUGGGAACAAUUGGCGUAUCAGUUGACCUGGAGAACAUCGGGCCAUGCAUGGGCUCCGAGGUUGUGCAGAUCUACGUCUCGGACCUAGCAUGUUCCGUGCAGCGUCCGCGGAAGGAGCUCAAGGCAUUUGACAAGGUCUCACUUGAUAAAGGCGAGAAAACGACCUGCAAGAUAGUACUCGACAAGUAUGCAGUAUCGUUUUGGUCGGAGGAAGAUGAACAAUGGAAAGCAGAGGCCGGGGAAUUUGCCGUAAUUGUGGCGACAAGCGCGGACCCCAGGGAUGAACAGCUUCAGGCGGUAUUCAGGAUCGAAAGGGGGUUCACGUGGGGAGGAGUGUAG